AGUACGUUUUAAGUCACUCCCGCUACUCUCUCACUCACACAAUCCACAAACACACACACAUUUGUUGUAUUUUUAUCCUCCUUAAAAAAUCCCAAUCCCCAAAAUCGAAAUCGUACCCAUUUCAAUUAAAUUCCCUCCGUCAACCUCUCCGUUCUUCAUCUAACAAUGUCGGACCAAGAGAAAAUUACGACACCGCCUCCACCGGAGCAAAACUCCACGACGGAAGCCACACAAGAAGAACACAGCUCGGAGCCAAAGGAGGUCAACAACCCGGAGAAAACGAACCACAUGAGCUUCAGCAUAUGGCCACCGGCGCAGCGCACCCGCGAUGCGGUUGUGAACCGCCUGAUCGAGACAUUGUCCACCCCUUCCGUUCUCUCCAACCGCUACGGAACCAUGCCCAAGGAAGAGGCCUCGGUUGCUGCUCGCCGCAUUGAGGAGGAUGCCUUUGCCACCGCCGGUAGCUCCGCUGCCGCCGACGACGAUGGCAUACAGAUCCUGCAGGUCUAUUCCAAGGAGAUCAGCAAGCGCAUGCUCGAGGCCGUCAAGGCCAGGAACUCCUCUGCUUCUGCUGUCGCUGAUGUUGCCUCGCAGCCUGAGACGGCGAAUGUUUCGUCCAUCACCAGUGAGGAUGUUACUCAACCUGAUACUGAGUCUUAUUGAUUUUUAUUUUUGGUCUUGCUGUUGAUCUCGAUCUUUCUAGCCUUUUAGCUUUUAUAUGAUGGUAUAUUAGGGUUUCUGCUAUGUUUAGGGCUUCUGUAAGGAGAUCUGUCUAUACUGCUUAUGGAUUUCAGAUGAUGGCCUAAUUGACGAAAACCCCUCGUAUCUGAUAUUCUAGGGUUUUUGUUUUUUAUAUUUUUCCUUUUUUGGAUUAAAACAGAUUGUUAUCGUAAUGCUUUUGUUCUGCUUUUCCAUUUUCUUUUCUACUCAUCUUCAAUGGCAGAUUUGAGGUAAAUUAUUUGGGUUUGUAAUGAAUGGUUCGUUGAUGAUCUGCCAUGCUGAGGAGAUAAUUCUACCAUUUGUGUUUCUUUUAUAUAUAAUAAAAAUACUAUAGCCACUGUUUUGUGCCAUAA